UCAUUACUCAUACCCCUUCGCUGUCAUCAUGCCUGCCUUCAACGUCGUCGUUUUCGCUGGUGACCACUGCGGUCCCGAGGUGACCGCCGAGGCUCUCAAGGUCCUCCGCGUCAUUGAGAAGCGUCGCGAUGAUAUCUCCUUUAACUUGCAGGAUCAUCUGCUUGGUGGUGCCUCGAUUGAUGCUGCUGGCGUCCCUCUUACCGAUGAAGCCCUCCACGCGGCUAAGAACGCUGAUGCCGUGCUUCUCGGCGCUAUCGGCGGGCCUAAAUGGGGCACUGGCGCCGUCCGCCCUGAACAAGGACUCCUCAAACUGCGCAAAGAGAUGGGCACAUUCGGCAACCUGCGGCCGUGCAACUUCGCGGCGCCGUCUCUCGUCGACCUCUCCCCCCUGAAGGCGUCCGUGUGCGAAGGCGUCGACUUCAACAUCAUCCGCGAACUCACGGGCGGGAUCUACUUCGGCGAGCGCCAAGAAGACGACGGCAGCGGGUUCGCGAUGGACACGGAGCCGUACUCGCGGGCGGAGAUCGAGCGGAUCACGCGUCUGGCGGCGCACCUGGCGCUGCAGCACGAGCCGCCGCUCCCCGUGUGGAGUCUGGACAAGGCCAACGUGCUGGCCACCAGUCGGUUGUGGAGGAAGACCGUCACCGAGGUCAUGGCCAACGAGUUCCCCCAGCUGAAGAUCGAGCAUCAGUUGAUUGACUCCGCCGCCAUGAUCAUGGUCAAGGAGCCCAGGAAGCUGAAUGGUAUCGUCGUCACGAGUAAUCUGUUCGGCGAUAUUAUUAGUGAUGAGGCCAGCGUUAUUCCCGGUUCUCUGGGCUUGUUGCCCAGUGCUAGUUUGAGUGGCAUCCCUGAUGGGAAGACUAGGGUUAAUGGUAUUUAUGAGCCUAUUCAUGGCUCCGCCCCCGACAUCGCCGGCCGCGGCAUCGUCAACCCCGUCGCCGCCAUCCUCUCCGUCGCCCUGAUGAUGCAGUACUCGUUCGGCCGGUUCGCCGAGGCCCGCGCCAUCGAGGCCGCCGUGCGCAACGUGCUCGAGGCGGGCAUCCGCACCGGCGACAUCGGCGGAAAGGCGACGACCAGCCAGGUCGGAGAUGCUGUUGCGGCUGAGUUGGAGAAGUUGCUGUGAGCGGCUUCUUUUCUUUCUGUCUUUCUUUCUUUCUUUCUUUCUUUCCUUUUAAUUAAAGAAUUUGCC